UGCUGAAAAAUAAUAAUAUAUAAAUGCAAUUUAGCCUAGUUACCGUAUUCUGCAUCAUUGUUUUUGGGGUGGUAUGCCACCUGAUUACCAAAUUCGUGCUAAAGCCGUACAGAAAGAGAAGAUACUACAAGAAACAAGGAUCCUCCAUUCAGAUGACAGAAAGGUUUUAUCCCUUCUUAGGAGAUUAUAAGGGUAUCAUUAAUGAUUACCAAGACAAGGGAAAGUUCAUAGCUCAUUAUGUCAGAGAUCUUAUGUUACAGAAAGAUGCUACUCCUCUGUAUCUCUUCCAGAUCCCAAAUAUGGUCAUUCUGUAUUUCAGAGAUGUUGAAUGGCUCUCUGAGCUGAAUAAACUUAUUCCAAAAUACGUUGACAGAGAACCAAUUGAUAACUCAGGGUUUGGAAAAAUUGGAUCGACUGGAGGCCUUGGACAAGUCAGAAGUACUGAGGCUUGGAAGAAGAGAAGAGAGGUCCUUAUGAAGACCAUUGGUAUCAACCAUGCUUCCAAGUUCAUCCCUCUAUUCAUCAAGCAUCUUGAUGAUAACUUUGGAGUUAUCGGAAACCAACAAGAAAUUAGUUUUAGCCAAGUCGCUAACACGUCAGUGUUCAGUUUUAUCCUAAGUCUGCUUUUUGGAAAAAAUGUUCUUGACCAGAUGGGACUCUGUAACUAUGAAGCAAAGGAUGGAUCCAUCAAACAAAUGAAGCUCUAUGACUGCAUGAUGACCAUGAGCGAUGACAUGAAAUCCGAGUCACUUGCUCUUUAUAACGUAAUUUUUCCUGAACUUGUUGAUUACAAUCUUGGAAGAGAAAACAGGAGAAAUGAGCGCAACAACAAAGAAAUUGGAAGAGUCUUGAACGAAUUCAUUGCUCAGUCUACUGAGAAGAAUUCUGUGUAUGCACAAGUCAUUGAUGAACUAAAGGACACUCCUCAGGAGCAAAUCUUGUCUGAUUGUAUCUCUCUUCUGAUUGGAGGCCACGAGACCACUUUCAUGUCUUUUACAUCAGCUGUUUACUGUUUGAAAAAGUACCCAGAAGUCAUGACUAAACUAAUAAAGGAGAUUCAGACUGUUGUCCUAGAGGGUGGAAAGAUUUCACCAAAUGACUUCUUGCAGAAUUUUAACCACGAGAAACUCGAUGAAAUGGAAUAUUUAACUAUGUUCAUAAAAGAGGUAUUAAGACUCCACCCAUCUGCCAGUAGAUCUCUUGGUUACAAGACCUUGAGACCUUUGAAGAUUAAGGAUGUCAUGAUCCCCAAGGGAGAGAUCCUAGCAUUUGACGUUAUCGGAUCACUUGUAAGUCCUAAGCAAUGGAAGGAUCCUAUGAACUUCAUCCCAGAAAGAUUCGACCCAACUAGUGAGUACUUCAAGACUCCAAGUGGAAAGAACAGGCAUCCACUAUCUUAUAUCCCAUUUACCUUUGGUAGCAGAACCUGCCCAGGUAGAUCACUUGCUAUGCUUGAGCUCAAAGUAGCUAUUGUCUACUUCAUGCUCAAAUUUGAGUACCAAAUCGAGGAAGAUUUCCUCCAAAACCCAGAUGUGACCUUCAGUAUUUACUCUCCAUUCGAGUUGCACAUGAAGAUCAACAAUGUGAAGUGCUAAGCGGUAUAAAUCUGAUGCUAAAACUUGACCUAGCUUACAAAAACCAUGCU